CCUAGCACUGCCAUUAAGUAAACAUCAUGACCUGUCUGUUUGUGACACACAUGCCAUCAAAUAAAAUUCCAGUCAAAACAACAUGGCCCGACGGUCGGGAUACUGCCCAACAUUGCGGAAGUGUUUGGUGAUCGUUGUUGUAUUGUUUUGUCUGUCAGCGGGUAUUCUUCACAUGAUUUUGCAGUAUUUUGAUACUGAAGAUAUUUAUGAAGAUGAUGGAAUUUGGCUUCAGAAUGAACAACAUUUUGCUCAUGUCGACUACGGAGGAAAGUUAGUAUCAAGUGAUGGCACAGAUGAGCAUGACAGAGACCAUGUCAAUGUCACCAAUUUAAACAUAAAGGUUCCCAUCAUUCUAUGGUGGACACCUUUUACCGGUGAGCGUGGGCAAGUCAAGCAAUGCGGCAAAGACGAGUGUUUCUUCACUGUAGACAGACACUUUAGAAAUCAUCCCCAGACGAAAGUUUUUAUGUUCUACGGAACGGACUUCAAGCCGCGAGAUCUUCCGCUGCCGAGAAAGAAGCAGCAUGAGUGGGCACUUCUACAUGAGGAAUCCCCAAAGAAUAAUUAUAUCCUGACCCAGAAAGAUUGCCUGACCCUGUUUAAUCACACCGCUACGUUCAAACGCCAGUCUGACUAUCCAAUCACCACUCAGUAUUUAGAGCACCUUUCUGACCUGACAAGCACCGAGUAUCUCGUCCCGACAGAUUUAAAGAGUAGGGGUGGCAUAGCCCAAGUGGUUUACAUCCAUUCCGAUUGUAAUCCACCAUCGGGUCGUGAUAAUUACGUCACCGAAUUAAUGAAAUUCAUUCGAGUUGAUUCGUAUGGGAAAUGUCUUCACAAUAAGGAUCUACCACCAGAUCUAGUCGAUCCACUUACUAUGCACAGCAGGGAUCUCUAUAAAAUCAUCGCCAAAUACAAAUUCAGCCUCGCCUUUGAAAAUGCAAUCUGUGAUGACUACGUUACAGAAAAGCUCUGGCGCCCUCUAUUGGUCGGUUCAGUUCCGGUCUACAGAGGAUCACCGUCUGUUCGUGAUUGGCUGCCGGAUAACCAAUCAGCAGUUAUCGCUGAUGAUUUCUCAAGUCCAGAGGAUCUUGCCAAGUUUUUAACCUCACUCGCUGGGAAUAAAGAACGCUACGAAAAGUACCUCAAAUUUAAGAAAGUUGGUAUAACAAACAAGAAGCUGAUAAACACAAUGACGAAACGGGAGUGGGGAGUCAAUGACUACGAACGUCUCAACUUCAUCUCAGGAUUUGAAUGCUUCGUCUGCAAACGAGUCCACGAGAAUCUGAAGCGAUCUGAGAGAGGGGAACCUCUCAAGCCGCACAAAGCUGAGGGCAAUCAUUAUAAUUGUCCGAGACCGCAAUACAGCAACGAGAACUACAGACGUGACAACGAUAUUUACCUACAAAUGUACGACCGGCAUAAGAAAAAUGCUGUAGAUCUCCGAAAGCUCGUCGAAGAAGGACUGGGAUAUGAUAGCAUUAAGUUCCGUGACUUGAUGUCAAAUGUUUAUUAAUUCUGGAGAUUUGUUACGGUCCUGUAGUUCCUCUCUCUCUUGCCAAUACAGCUGUAUUACUGUAUAAACUUUUUUCUUUUCAAUACAAGAUACCAAAAUAAACAAGGAAAAGUACUUCUUUUUAAUCACUCCUUCAAAUCUUGUGAGGUUAGUCAAAUGCUUUGCCUAUUUGCAAGAUUUGAAGUAAAGGAGCUUAUAGCAAUGAUUUAUUUUCCCAAGCUGACAAACUGAGCAUUUUUUGUGGGCUAAUAGCUGUCGGCACAAAGUGGAAAUAUUGCCAAAAACCAUACUAAAGUUUUAAUAAGAAUAUUAAUAAAAAAAAACAUUUUAUUGUAGUUGCAGGUAGGUUUAUUUUUAACAUGUAAAAUUGUAUGCAAGUUUAUUUUAUACAUGAUCUGUAACUACUAACUUGCCAUGUGUUGUACCUAAAAAGAAGACAUUGUCAGUGGUGCUUUAUAUCUUAAAUGUUUGUUAAAUUGCAACAUUUUGUUAUGGGGUCUUGAGAUUUAAAAUCAGGGGAAUAAUAUUUGAGGGUGAAUUUGUAUCAAGACUAACCCAGCUGUUUGAUGUGGUGGUGUAGUUCUCAGUCUAUUUGACAAACUUGAGCAAAUCUAAGGAAUUUGGGAAAGGGAUAAUAAUGAUGGGUGGAUGAGGGGGUAAUGGAUAGGUCUUAAGUAAAAGAAGCAGCAGGGUUAGCCAGUAAUGUUGAUUGUUUCAUUGUGUUUUUGUUUCUUCGAAAUAUUUCCCUGAAAUAUGUGUGCUUUGAGUCAUUCAAUGGUUAGGUAGUGAAUAUAUAUGAAUAUUUUGAUAUAAAUGCAUCAAAUUUAUCAGCCAUGAGUAUGAACAACAUUUGUUAUAAUAUUGACAGAAUUAAACCAAGUUGCUUGCCCUUUUUAUACUAUUUGACAGUUAGUACUUUUUAGAAUUUGUCAUUAUUUUGUUAUAAAACUCAUAAUUAUUUUUUUAAUGGUUUCCAGUAUUAUCAAAGAUGUAUAAUGUAUGUGCCUAGAGAUGUUGUAUGACAUUGUCUUGUGUAAGACAUAAUAGUGUUUUAUUUAUUAUAGUAAGUGGCUUAAAAAAGUCUUAUGCCAUAAUACUUAAUAGCGCCCAUAUUCAUCACUCAGUGAUGCUGAAGGUGCUUCAACAUGCAGUAUUUUCCUGAAAGUUAUGUGGAGCUAAAAUGAUUGGCCAUAACAAAAGUUUUAUAUAAAGGCCUGCAUGUAUUUGAUCAAAAUGAGAAAUAAAAGUUUAUUUUUUGUCAAUAUAUGGCAGCCAGAGUAAAAGUCUUUUAAAAGUUUUUUUUUCAUCACACUUUAUGAUCAUUAAAAA